UAUAUAUUCCUCUUCUUGGCAAUCUGAUUUUUACCAUUACAACUAAUGGGGACUAAAAACUAUGUUGGGAAGAAAAAGGUUGUACAAAAGCAAUUAAAGCUGACAUGCCUGAGUUACACAGUGCAAAAUAAAGGCUUCUGAUAUGGAGAAAGACAUUUUAGUGAUACUUCUGCUAACAGGGUCAUAUUCAAUGAUGUCUUGCAAUGUCACCCAAUUUACCUUUGUGUCAAACAAAAUGACAGGGGAUGCUGCACGGAAUUUCUGCAGAACUACUUUCACAGAUUUGGCUACAGUUGAAAAUGAAGACAUAAAUCAGCAACUGGUAAACAUUGCCCAAGGAAAUUCAUCCUGGAUUGGACUGCUACGUAACAGAGACAACUGGCAGUGGUCAAGGGGGGAAAACGUUAAUUAUACCAACUGGAGUAGAUACUUCUACUGUGCAUUUCUUCAAACAGAUGGCUCCUGGAAUGAUGAUAUAUGCAGCAGAGAAAUGCCUUUCAUGUGUUACAAUGAAACCAAUAACAUUAGUGAGAGGUAUUUCUGGGUAAAUGUGAACUUGACCUGGAGCAGAGCUCAGAACUACUGUCACGUGAACUACACAGACCUGGUCAGUAUAAGGAAUGAGGCAGAAAAUCAGGAAAUAUUGAAGAAUGCUAAAAGCUUCCCCUUUUGGAUUGGUUUAUUCGAUAACCCAUGGAAAUGGUCCGAUGGUGGGAAUUCAACAUUUCAAAACUGGGAAAAAGGCCAGCCCAAUAAUGUGUUUAAAGACCAAAAGUGUGUGGAACUUAGAACUUCUGCUUGGAAUGAUUAUGCAUGUAGUAAACGGAACCCCUUUUUGUGCUACAAGAAGUCCUGCACUCCACUCUCCUGCACCAGCACAUACAUUUUUGUGUCAAAAUUAUUGUCCUGGGAUGAUGCUCAGAACUACUGCAGAGCAAACUACACAGACUUGGCGACUAUUGAGAACCAAACAAUGAAUGACCAACUGUUAAUAAAGACCAGAAAUAAUGACUCUUGGAUUGGACUCCACCAUGAACGUGACAACUGGCAGUGGUCCAAUGGAGAGCCUCUAGCAUACACAAACUGGGAAAGGUUGUAUUUCUGUGCUGUGCUCCAGUCAGAUGGCUCUUGGAAUGACUCAUUCUGUGAAACCAGUAACAUCAGUGAGAGAUACUCUUGGAUAAAUCUCUACAUGACAUGGAACAAAGCCCAGCAGUACUGUCGCGUCAACUACACAGACCUGGUCAGUAUAAGAAAUGAAAGUGAAAAUGUGGAAAUAAUGAAGAAAGCACAAGGCAGUCCCUUCUGGAUCGGUCUGUUCAAAGACCCAUGGAAGUGGUCGGAUGGUGCACAGUCAAAAUUUGAAAAAUGGAACAAUCAGGAACCAAAUAAUUUGAAUCUUAAUGAAAAAUGUGUGGAGAUUUGGCCAAAUGGAACUUGGAAUGAUGCUGAUUGCAGUUUACAAAAACCAUUUAUUUGUUCACAAACGUUGGUGGAUAAAAGGAUUAAGAUGAGAGUCCGUAUUGAUGUGCAGAAUGGGCUGAAUCCUGAGGAUCCAAAAAUCAGUGAAGCCAUCUUGAAUCAGAUCAAGGGGAGUCUAUCAAAACAACAUUUUACAGGAAAUCUUCAGUGGGAAAAGUCAAAUGGAAAUAUUUUCAAUGUGCUAAAUACUGAUGAAGACAAUAACACUGGAUAGAAAUCGGUGCGCAAGUUCAUAUGGUCUACAUGCUGCUUCUACUGCUACAGCGGCACUGCUCCAAUAAGUCGUAUCUCAGACAGCAGUAUACUUUAAAUAGUGUACAGUAAAUGCUUGUUGUGGGGUUUUUGAAUUGACUUUAUAUGAUAAUUAUAUCUGGUAAAUGAAAUAAUUAUAAUCUAUGGCCAGAUAAGCUUUAUAUUUAUUGUUGUGGGCUUUUCUGAAAAAAAUCAAAGUAUAAUAAACACAUUUAUUACAUUAUUUAUUUAUGGGGUUGUUGUUAAUCAUUUAGUUUCUUUGUGUUCAUGUAUUUUUUUUUUACUUUCCUUGUAUUUUGUGGGUGGUUCCCCAAGAGGUUGGGUCACCGGUCAAUCACUGUCAAAGGGCUGCCCUCAGCCCUGAAAAGGCUGAGAGAUUCCCACAGUCCCUUGCUGUUCAUUGUAUGUCAUUAUAUAUGACUUUUAUGUUCAUAUUUAUGGUUUUCUAGAUGUUUUGACCUGCUUUGCCCAUUGCAUGACUAUUCUUGAGGAUUUGUGUUACUGUUUUUUUUUUUUUUUGCC